AUGAAUGGGGGCAAGGCUUCCCUGCCAGCGGAUACGCUUGCUUCGCUGUAUGUCAAUCUGGGGACUCAGCCAGAUCAACAACAUACCUCGUUGUAUCAAAACAUAGACGCAAUUCCCAAAGAGACGAGCUCUAAAAAUGAAGAAUAUGUGGAGGGAACUAAAGCGGCUUGUCCAAAUCCAACAGAGAAAAGAAACAGGGCAGUAUAUCCUAAAGUCAAGAAGGCAGAAAAUACGCUUGGACUCGAAGACCAGCUGGUCCCACCGAAUCAUCCGUUGUAUGCAAACUUGGUGGCCAGCAGUGAUGUC